AUGGCGCACAUCGACUCACAAAAAUUGUUGGGGCCCAGGAGGUCGAGAAACCUGAUUCUGCGCGCCUAUUGGCUGGCCAGAUCUCGGUCAGGUCAGUGCCCCAGCCAUGGCCUGGCGCCGUUAUGCACCCCAGCCCCACCUGAUCAUCGCGACCCCACGCUGACGAUUGGUCCCGAUCUCCGCGGUGGCCAGAGCUCGCGCAUGUACCCGGUACCUCGGUCGGGCUGCCCGUUUCCUGGUGCUGCCUGCCCUCCACCGCGACUGCCACAACUGGCUGCACGCCACCGGCAGUAG